GGAAGCAGGACGCUCGCGGGCAGCAAGGUGCUCAUCUGACGUGCCGACGUCACCGGGUCUUUGACAGCACUUCCUGGAGUGGUGUUUGUUGUGGGAAAUAGCCCCGGUGCUGCUGAGCUGAACUGGGGAUUUAGGCCACAUAUACGGCAGGAAUAGACGCGACACGCCGUUCCUUCAAACAUGUGGUCGCGGCUGCCUUUGACCGCUACCAGAUAAUAAGGACAGAGGAGAAAAAAGAAAAGGGGGACGCUGGAGAGUCUGAGGAAGGACGAGGUGGAAGAGGAAAAAAAAACAACAACAUAUUCUCAGAGCAGCACAGCAGAGCCGCCGACAGCACGGAGCUGUCGCGAUGUUGUAACUAAACCAUGGACAGCAGGAUAAAGGAGAACCCAGAAAGAACAUUCGAUCUGGUAAUACAAGUGGCGUGCCCAACGUCUGAAAAUGAGGAUCCAACCGUGCUGUGGAGCUUCCCCCAGGACCACACAGACCAGGAAGUUCUUCAGACAAUACCAAAGUUCUGCUUUCCCUUUGACGUGGAAAGGGUUUCUCAGAAUCAGGUGGGGCAGAACUUCACCUUUGUUCUCACAGACAUCGACAGCAAGCAGAGGUUUGGUUUCUGUCGACUCACCCAAGGCUGCCGGGUCUGCAUAUGUCUCCUCAGUUAUCUACCAUGGUUUGAAAUCUACUACAAGUUGCUGAACACACUGGCUGACUACUUAACAAAACAGCAGGAAAAUGACUUGAAUGACUUGCUGAAUUCCCUCUAUGAGCUGCCUGUGCCAAAGCCUUUUACACCAGUCAACUUGAGUGUGAAUGAGCGGUUGUGUAUUGCCACUGGCCAAGUACUGAGAGAUCAGCCAAGCAAGGAGCCGCACUCCUACUUCAUCGCCCCGGAUAUCAAUGGACUGCCAACUAUCCCAGAGAGUAGGAACCUGACGGAGUACUUUGUGGCUGUGGACAUCAACAACAUGCUCCAACUCUAUGCCAGUAUGCUGCACGAACGGCGCAUCAUCAUUACCUCAAGGAAGCUUAGCACUUUAACUGCAUGCGUCCACGGUGCAGCGGCUUUGCUCUUUCCGAUGUACUGGCAGCACAUCUUCAUCCCGGUUCUGCCUCCGCAUCUUCUGGACUAUUGCUGUGCUCCGAUGCCAUACUUCGUGGGAGUUCACUAUAGUCUGCUUGAGAGGGUACGCAGUCGAUCACUGGAGGAUGUGGUCAUUCUGAAUGUGGACACAAACACCCUGGAAACCUCGUUUGAUGACCUGCACAACCUACCCAGCGAUGUGGUGUCUGCUCUGAAGGGCAAGCUGAAGAAGCAGUCCACAGCAACAGGAAGUGGCGUGGCCAGGGCCUUCCUGAGAGCGCAGGCCGCUCUGUUUGGAUCGUACAGAGAUGCGCUGAGAUAUAAACCUGGAGAACCAAUCACAUUCUGCGAGGAGAGUUUUGCCAACCAUCGCUCCAGUACGAUGAAGAACUUCCUGUCCAUGGCUGUCAACCUGCAGCUCUUUAAACAGUUCAUCGACGGACGGCUGGCCAAAUUAAACGCAGGCCGCGGCUUCACUGAUGUGUUUGAAGAAGAGAUCACAGAGGGGGGCUUCUGUGGAAGCAAUUCAAGGUCCUACCAGCAAUGGAUGCACACUGUGAAGAGAGGAGGAGCAUUUUUCAACACAGCUGUGUCAAAGGCCAAGGUCCAUGCCAGACGGGGCAUUCGGGACUUUAAGGACAGACUUAAAGCAAGGGAAGACGAAGAAGACGGGAUGACAGUCCGUCCAGGGUCUCCCACCAGCACCAAGAGCCUGUCUCCAAGGAGACUGCAAAAGAUGAGACGGCACAACUUAAACAAGUCUCCCAUGAGCGUGGGCCCUCGAGAUCUUGGCUAUGGGCUCGACGAUGAUGAGUUGGACACAGCAAGCAAGAUCUCCUCUGAAGACAGCGGCGAGGUCCGUUCGUACACAGAAGACAGCGACGAUUCGGACUCCUUCUAUCCGGACAUCGACCCGUCACCUUCCAGCCAGAUGAACCUGCUGGAGGAAAUCCUGGAUUCUCUGACCAACACAACAAUGGACCAAGGAAAACUCAGUGCUGCCAAGAGCUUGGACUUCUUCAGGUCCCUGGAUGACCUGGACUUCAAGGUCCAGUCAAAGCCUUCACCUUUCAGCGACUCCACAGCUGCAGACGACAGCAGCUUCGAUGGUGUCGCCGAUCACGGCGGAUGGAACAUGGGCCAGGAUGACAGCGCCGUCCAUGGAAAACACCUUCCUCCGUCCCCACGCAGGCAGCCCAACAAGAGCAGCCUGAAGGGGUCCAAAAACCUCGCAGCCUUCUCUGCAGUGACCCCCUGCUCAGCUUCACCUCCUUCCCAUAAUGCCAACGGCACCAAGUCGGAUCCUCCUCCCCUCUUUUUCUCUAAGUCCCGUCCCGAUUCCCACCUCCUCAUGCCUUCGGGUCGACCUCCAGGAGACCACCGGUUGUCCUAUUCCCCCCUGCUGCCCCAUAAAGUUACGCCCCCAUCCCCACCUGCAUCUCAGCCAGACUCUUCUCCGGAACCGACCAGCCGGGGUCGCACCAUCUCAGACCCUCAGGGCAACUCCGAGCCCUCCCAAAACCAGAACCAACCCGUGUCCACCGGCAUCCUGAGGAGAAAGGUCAUGUCCAAAGAGAUGGUGAAAAGCUACCACGAGCGGUCCAUCCGGAGGCACCGCAGCAGAGGAAACACCGAGAGCCAGACGAGCCCAAAGAAGAGCAGCCAGGCACAGAUCCCCUGGAAGAAGGAAGAGGAGGAGGAGGAGAGGAAGGAGGGAAAGGAGGCUCCCAAAGACAAGCUGUUGGGAUUUGGGCUGUGCCUGGGUCAGUGUGAAGGCUCGGAGAUGGCUGGUGGGCCGGACCCGGGCCUGCUGGAGGAGAUAGAGUCCAUGUGUUGCCUCAGCUCAUCGCUUCACAGCAGCCUGCACCUCUCUCAAGUCCACUGCAGCAACAGCCACCAUCAGGUCCAAGGAAAAGCCACGGAGAAGUCCUAAAAAUCACAGGACAAGGAAAACUGACUCAGGUUCCUGUCCUCUAUCACAGCUGAUCAGCUGAACCCUCCAUGAUAAGGGAACGUUAUGAACAAACCUAAUAAGGGCCAAAACAAACAAAAAGCCUCAGAGCAAAGAGCUGGUCACGCUGAAAGGAAGCACUGUAGAGUUCUCCACCUGUCCUCCAUCUACUGGAAGAAAAACCUGGUUAAAUAAAUUAGUUUACAUCAAGAAUACCUCAAAAAUGUUGAAAAACAUGGUGGAGAGUGAGUAAAAUUAUAAAAUUCAAUCAAUUAUGAUUAGAAGGUGAAAUAAAUUUAAAUGUACAUACAUUUAUUAGAUAUUAAUGUUAAACUUAAUCUGUAGAAUAAAUGAGAUGCAUGAGAAUAGGUGGAGAUUUCUGCGUCGCUUUCAGUUCAGUUUUCUUCAUCUGUCUGCAAAUAUCUGAACACUAGAGAUGCACUGAUCACCAUUUCCAGGCCGAUACCGAUUUCUGAUCCUCCUCCACGCCUGAACUGCACAAACAAUUUAUUCUGAGGACUAUAACACAGAAAAGAGAAAUAAACAUGCUGCAGGUUAUUUUAUAGAGGUAUUGUUAUUAAAUAUGGCUUAUUGCAAAUAUUACUAAACAUUAUCUGAUUUUAAUAAACUAAACUUGCAUGGUUAUCGGUUGAUGUUUGUAGAACCAUUUUGGUGGACCUUCUUAUAUUUUGUUGCGUUUAAUGAAUAGAAAAUCUCAUUUUUGAGUCUUUGGCCUGGAAAAUUGGCUGAUUUCAACGUCCAGCCGGUCGAUCGGUGCAUCUCUACUGAGACCUUUGGCUUCAUUUAUUUAAUGCCAGUACCUUGUAAGGAUUUCAAAGGGCCAAUUUCCCCUAAACACAACAUCAUGUUGUUCAUACUAAAUGAACAUUUCAUAUUGGUAUUCAAACGUUCAGAAGUGUUCUGAACGUUUCAUACUAAAAUUUUGCACUCGUGGAUUAAUUUAUGAUAAUCACCCAUUUCUACCUGGUACUAAACUGCAAAACCAGCAAGAUGCACAAUGUCCACGCAGGCCUUUGAAACUAAUUAAACUCUGUUGGAUUCAUGAUUUUGAUCACUAUGCCUUAAGCAGACAUGUGAUUUGUUUUGAUACUGAUGUCUUAAACUUUAGAAAUCACUGCAGGUACUUUCUAACCAGAAUCCUAAAUACAGCAGUUCACAUUCAUAGAGAAUUAGAUGUUCUUGAUGAGUCUUGCGUUAUUUUUGUGUUAAUGUUACUCCUAUCUGUUGAGACUAAAUACCUGAUGAAGCAAACAGUCGAAUGACUGAGAAAAGCCAGAGUUUUUUACUGCAUUUCUCUUUCUUUAUGUUUCUGUUUCCAUCUGCCUUUUGCUACUCUUAACAUGUUUCUCAAUGCCGGCUUUACAAAUUGAGAACAGUUGUUGGCGAACUUUGAAGGAUGUUGAUGAAUCCAAUCCCACAAACGGUCCAAAACAAGCUCCGUUCCCAUUAUUCCACCUCUCUGCGCUUUUUCCCUAACCUCUGUGUGGCACUUUGCCUUAAGGCUGUUUACGUUCUGAAGAUAUCAGCCACAAAAUGGGUCAUAAAUAGCAGGAAUAUGUCGUGUUGAAGUUUUUGAAAGAUUAAUAUUAACUGUGUGGAAUCCUUUUAGGAUUUGUUGACAGAUAUCAUGCUUAUGUUUCUCUUUUCUUGUCUCUUUUCCUUUCUUUUGUUUUAAUAGGAAACACAACCUCUGUCUGACUAGGAAACCCUCUGCACUGUACUGCAGUGGAGGACGAUUGUACUGUAAUGAAGCAAUAUACUGCAGGUCUUUGAGUCGCUGCGUGGAUGUAAUGUGUUCAGGGUCUAAAGUAUUUUUAUAAGCGUCUCUCCUGUGGAGAGAAGCAUCAGCAUCCAGGGAUCCCGGCUUCAUGUCGUUCUCUGCGUCACCACAAACCCAGAGGAAGAGAAAACUCUUUCACUUGCUUGGGUUGGGAUUACUACAUUUAUGGUCCGUUGUUCUUAUGAUUUAUGCCAGACGCCAGUCGGUGUGGCAGUUUAAUAGCGGCUGUUUCUCCACUUCUCGAGUGCUGCUCUGCGUUAACGAUUUGCCCAUAAAGUCUUUGGCAUGCUUCUAAAAAGCUAAAAAGAAUCAGUCAUGGUAAUUCCAAGAAUGGUUAAAGACAAAGAAAAAUACAAAAUCCAGAACAAUUUCUGCACUGGCCUCGCUCACUGUAAACACUUUAACAAACUUGUGUACUAUGCAAAUAUUUAGAAAUCUUAAAAGAGGCCAGUUUUCUUCUCCGCUCGGGUAGCUAGGAAUGUCCCAGUGAGGAAUUAUUUUUGUCCCUGAUAGUAAUCAGUAGCUUAAGAUUGAGCCAUUUGCUGCCACAGAGUCUGAGCCCAAUAAGUCUUGAAAUAAUAACACACACAAGCUUAAUGAUGCCGAGUCGGUCUACAUUUGUUUUGUGAUUGUGUCCAUCAUAACUCACACACCAAUGAUGUGCCGGACAGCAACACCAGUUUUUAAGCAUCUGUAAUGAACUCAUGCUUUGCUCCUGCUUAUGGUAGCCAUCGUUUGGUCCAGUUUGCUGAGAUGCUAGGCUAACACUAGCAUGUUUACUCUGGUUUAGUAAUUUAUUGAUGCAUUUGACAGCUAUCCAAUCCCAACUGGAUUUUGUUGAUGAGGUCUGACUCCAGUCACUCUUACAGAAGUCAACAAAGCCACGUCUUGCUCCUGCUGAUGAGACGGUCAUCUGAAGCCCUGAAGUGCUCGGCUAAUGCUAUCCUGUUUACUCUUUCUUUGAUAUUAUUAUUUGUUAAUAAUUUGACAGACAUUUUGUCCUAGUCGUUAGUCUUCAUACAGUUAGUCUUCAGGAAAAUCUCAUCUUGCUCUUGCUAAGAGCAAGAGUAAACUGCUUUCAUGUCAAGCGGUUUGCUAGUAUGGUAGGCCAAUGCCACCACACUAGCAUGUUUAAACUUUGUUUAACCAGUCCUCUAAACUGAUUCUGAAGUAAUUUCUGACUGAACUUGCGAAAUGCAGCUCACAUUUUAUUCCUGCUGAUGACUUUUUUAAUGCAUAACAGUUUGCUGAAGUGCUAGGCUACUGUUAGCUAGUUUAUUCUUUGUUUUGAUUAUGACUAUGUGGAACAUAUUUCAACCCUAUUUGAGUUUGAUUUUUCACAUCUUGAAAAAUCAAGAUGUGAUUCUUUAAUAAAAUCACAUCUUGGUCAUACUCACAACUUCUUCAUGCGAAGAACUUAGACAUGCUAGGUUAACGUGUGCCUGUUUCCUGGUUGCAUAUUUGCUGGUGUUGACAAAAUUUACAGACCAAUCUUUUCUUGAAUUACAAGCUUAGAGUUUCCCUUAAACCACAUUCAUUUUAAUGUCGAGUGUUUCUGCUGAUCUCCUUAACAUCGACAGAAGUCUGUGUGCAGAACAAAUAACGCUGCCUGGAACAAGCAGCAGCCACUACAGUCUCUAUUUAACUCUGAAUGUUAUUGCAAAGACUGAAAGGCGCUUCAUUUUCAAGAUUAAAACUGUUUUGCGAACUGUGCACAUGAAAAUAGGUGUUGAGUUUUAAAAAUCAGCUGCAUGGUUUGCUAAAAGUGGCGCUGUGGUAUCAGGAUUUGAGUCGGAUACAGAUUAUUACAAAUGUUGAGAUCAGGACCUCGUCUCUUACAAAGACAUCCCUCUAAAAACAGAACUUUUAACGUGUCUGAGUUGACUUUCAUGGAUGUAGUGUGUUGUGUGCCUUAUGCAGAAAGUACCCCUCUGUGUAAACACAACAUGGUACUAAUUUCUAGACCAACUUUAUUGUGGUAGGAACAGAGUAUGUUGGGUUUUAAUCAACAGGAAGUCCCACGAAAUGAACUCUGGCGUCUUGUUCUCACAGCUGUGGUGAGUUUUAGUUUCUUCUCUUCUGGUUUGGGGUUUGGAAAUCUUCCUGCUCAUAUUUAAAAUAAAAAAUAACUUUUAUUUUUUUUUUGUUCUUCUUUUGUAGACUGAAUACUUUUUCUGAUUGUACUCAUAGGUUAAUUGCUUGUAUAGUUUAUGUGCAUUUUUUAUUUCACUUUAACAUCUUCCUUUGAGUGAAUUGAAUUAAAAAUAUAUAUAUAAUUUUCAGAGGAGUUUCUCUGGUUGAUUUCAUAUGGAUAAAAAAAAUUAUUUUCAACUGAAUAGAUGUGUAUUUUUUCUGGCUUGAAUAUAUUUUAUGGACAUGGAUUAAAUAUAUAUAUGAAAUAUACGUUUAUGAUUGGUGUUGCAUAUUGUAAAGAGAUGACACCUGAGCUUUGAAUGCUGGAGAUUUUAUUUUUGGAAAACGAAGAGAACAUUAGGGAAUGUCCCAUGUAGCUGUUAUAACGGUGCAGAAGGAUGCGAUGACUUCUGAUCAGAAGGAACAAAGGCUGAUGGUUGUUUGUACGUGAUGCAGUGCUCACUGUGUGUAACCUGCAUGUUGGUACUCUAUUGUGUAUCUGUCCUGUUGGUACUCAUAUUCUUUCAGUAUUUAAAGCCUCCAUAAAACCCGUGUAAUUCUCUCUGUGCUUCACAUUAAAUUAGAAGUCGUCCGCUGCACAUUUUUCCUAUCGGGGAAACAGAUUUCUGCUGUUUUCUUGUUCUGCUUUGCAUCAGAUUAGGGCGCGCUGUGGGAGAACAGGCCCACUUACAAAGCUUUAGUGACUUAGCUCCUGAAACGGUGAGGAACCGAGACGGAUUUUGUAUUUCAGGGUUAAGAUGACACUGUGUAAUGCUCACAGUAAUUAUAUAGAUUUGCUUUAUAAUUACAGAUUUGGAGUGCGAGGGGGGGGAUGUCUGAUGUAGCAGCUUUCACUGAAUAAUGGACAAUGUUAGCAAACAUUAACGUCAUUUUCCUGUCUGUAUUUGAAGCCAGUGUCAGUGUAGUGAUCGUCACGCUGAAUGUUACAGUCAGCAGCUUUCUUCAGACUGGCCUCUUCAUCAGGACUAACUCUUUGGUAUGAUGUUUUUGUUUUGGUUUAUUUUUUUUUCUCUUAAUUAUUUUUGUAAUCUUUUUUUCUAUUGUUUUUAUGUGUGCACUUUUGCAUGUGCUCAUCGUGGUUGUCUCACAGCUGAGAUCAAUCUAAUGUGCUACUGAUGAGUAACCUGGUACAACAGCACACAAUGUACACACUGUGAACAGGAAAUAAAUGAUGUUUCAUGCUC